CUAACUCUAAUCGGUUAAUUCAGGAUUAUCCGAAUCCGAAUCCAAUUUUCCGGUCCCACUUUAGGGCGCCAGUCUAUAAAAAACGGCGGUCUGCCCUAAAGCCCUCUCUCCCAAAGCCAUCUUCCUUCCGCGGACUAGUUUUUUCUGAAGAUUCGGCGAUGGCGGCGACGAUCCAAUCCGUGAAGGCGCGCCAGAUCUUUGACAGCCGCGGCAACCCUACAGUCGAGGUCGACGUGUUUUGCUCAGAUGGAACCUUUGCAAGGGCAGCUGUUCCCAGUGGAGCAUCAACUGGUGUAUAUGAAGCUCUGGAGUUGAGGGAUGGUGGCUCUGACUAUUUGGGGAAGGGUGUCUCCAAGGCUGUGAACAAUGUGAAUUCUGUUAUUGGACCUGCUCUGAUUGGCAAGGACCCUACAGCACAGACUGAGAUUGAUAACUUCAUGGUUCAACAACUUGAUGGGACCAAAAAUGAGUGGGGAUGGUGCAAGCAAAAGCUUGGUGCUAAUGCGAUUCUGGCUGUGUCAUUAGCUGUUUGCAAAGCUGGGGCUAGCAUCAAGAGGAUUCCUUUAUACCAGCACAUUGCCAACCUAGCUGGGAACAAGCAGUUAGUGUUGCCUGUCCCUGCAUUCAAUGUCAUCAACGGUGGUUCCCAUGCUGGAAACAAGCUUGCUAUGCAGGAGUUUAUGAUCCUUCCUACUGGAGCUGCCUCAUUUAAGGAGGCUAUGAAGAUGGGUGUUGAAGUUUAUCACCACCUGAAGUCCGUUAUCAAAAAGAAGUAUGGGCAAGAUGCCACGAAUGUUGGUGACGAAGGUGGUUUUGCUCCGAACAUCCAGGAGAACAAGGAAGGACUUGAGCUCUUGAAAACUGCAAUUGAGAAGGCUGGAUACACUGGCAAGGUUGUCAUCGGAAUGGAUGUUGCUGCUUCGGAGUUUUACAGUGACAAGGACCAAACCUAUGACCUCAACUUUAAGGAGGAGAAUAAUGAUGGUUCACAGAAGAUAUCUGGCGAUAGCUUAAAGAAUGUAUACAAAUCUUUUGUGAGCGAAUACCCCAUUGUUUCGAUUGAAGAUCCUUUUGACCAGGAUGACUGGGUUCACUAUGCUAAGAUGACUGAAGAAAUUGGAGAGCAAGUGCAGAUUGUUGGUGAUGACCUUCUCGUCACCAACCCCACUAGGGUUGCUAAGGCUAUCAAGGAGAAAUCAUGCAAUGCCCUUCUGCUCAAGGUUAACCAAAUCGGAUCUGUGACUGAGAGUAUUGAGGCUGUGAAGAUGUCAAAGCGUGCGGGCUGGGGUGUGAUGACUAGUCAUAGGAGUGGUGAGACUGAGGACACUUUCAUUGCUGAUCUGGCAGUUGGUUUGUCCACGGGUCAGAUUAAGACUGGAGCACCCUGCAGAUCAGAGCGUCUUGCCAAAUACAACCAGCUUCUUAGGAUUGAAGAAGAGCUUGGCGCUAUUGCUGUCUACGCAGGUGCCAAAUUCCGUGCACCUGUGGAGCCCUACUAAACGGGCGGGAUGCAAGUGCUUUUAUGUCUGCACAAGUCCUGUGAAACUGUUUACUGCGACCUGCAGAUUUUACUCUUGGAGUGCCCUGAGUAGAUUUUAGCAAUAAUAUCCAACAUGUAACAUGUUACGGACAUGUACCCAAACGUGAUCCAGUUUUAGUUAAUGUGCUCCAUGCUUGACGUUUUGUGCU